AUGGUCUACUCACUAUCUUAUCGCCGUCCAGAGCGAGCUCCUCGUCCCAGCACUGCCUCUUCCACCAACACCGAAGACAAGCGAAAGUCGAUCAAUGCAUCCAUCAAGUCUGGCAGCAGCGGCAUGUCCCACGGUAUUCCCGAGGCCUUGUCCUUUGACACCAUCAUCGCUGGCGGCGCUUGCCCUCCCUGCACUGUCCGCGACUUCAUGAACUUCCUCAAGUACAUCGAACUGUCGGCUGAGAACUUGCAAUUCUUCCUCUGGUACCGUGACUACGUCAAGCGCUUCAAUGCGUUGCCGGAAAGCGAGAGGGUUCUGUCUCCCGAGUGGACUGGCGAAAAGAACCCCGAAGCCAGGCCCGGCACCGUCAGCUACAAUGCCGACGCUGCAGCCAUGCUCAAGGGCACCGACUUCGCCAACGAGGGCAAGGUCGCUGAUUCGGAGAAGGGUAGCAACAACCCCUUCUUCACGCCUCCUCGCACGCCAACCAGCGUCGAACCCAGGCGCGACUACUCCCUUGACUCGUACGAUGAUAGCAUGACUACCGGCAAAGUUGACCACACUCAACGUGCUGCUGGUGCGUUUGAUAACGCAGGACUAAAGUGGAAACCACUAUCCGUCCAGCCUUACCGGGAAGAGAUCAACCGCAUCAUCUCCAUCUACAUUGCCGACAAUGGUUCGCGACAGCUCAACCUCUCGUCGAAAGAGCGCACAGCACUGCUGCACGCUCUGCAAAAUACGACCCAUCCGUCGGCAUUUACCGACAUCAUCACCACCGUCGAGUGGUCGCUCCGUUGCCAAGCGCACCCCAACUUUGUUCGGUGGACCAUAUGCAAUGGCAACCGUCCGCGUGUGAUCUUCGCCCGCGGCCUCGGUAUCUUCGGCAUAGUUGCUGGUUUGAUCGUCGCGAUCAUCCUCACCCUCAGCAGCGCCGGUCGUGCAUGGCGCGUCAUCUCCCUCAUUGGCUUCUUCAUUGGUAUCUCAACGUUGAUCGCAGCCUGGAAGGGCAUGUGUGUCGUUCUUCACGGCAUGCACCACCGUCAUCUGCGACCAUGGGAGCUCUUCGCUUCCGAUGACGAGCCGCAAAGCUACGACUUCAAGUCUGACUCCUUCCAGAGCGUUGACUCGCACGCGUCGAGCAACUCUUGGGAAGACGAGCCAUGGGUCGCCCGCUACGAGAAGCGCAAUGUCGUGAGGAAGGUGUUUGACCGUGAGGUCUGGAUCCAAGAGCCUGCUCUCCGCCAGAUCCAGGACACCAUCUUCAUCCAAGCCAUCCUCGGCGCUCUUCUCAUCUCCGCCGUCGCUGUCGGCAUCUUCUGCGCCAUCCCCAAGGGCAACUACUUCUAA